AUGACGAAGAACCCAGUCAACCACGGCCGUGCCAAGCACAUUGAUAUCAAGUACCAUCACAUCCGUGAUGAGGUCAAGCGCGGUGAAGUGAAGCUCAAGUACUGUGAAACUGCGGUGAUGUUAGCGGACAUCAUGACGAAGGGACUUCAUGGACCACGCCACAAGGAGAUGACGACGGCUCUCGGGAUUCGUGAGCAUUCGGAUUGA